AAAUCUGAAUGGCCUCAUGCACUCCAGUGGCAUUUCCGUAAUUUUCAACACAACACAAGAAUGCACUGCUUAGCUCUUCCUUCUUCCAGCUUACAAACUGGCGAGCUUUCUCUCCAUUUUUUCUCGUCAACCAAACAGAAAUUAAAAUAAUAAUAAUAAUUUUGCUACAAUUUCUUUUAUUCUUCUGAGUAUAUGAUGACACAAACAAUCAAGUGGCAUGAAGGAGUACUGCAUGGCUGUGCCUCAUUCCCAUCCUCUGCUAUUCCUAUCUUCAACACCAGGAAGAAAAUUGAGGUGAUAAAGCCAACUUCAAAAGCAACGAAGUUUAUAAGUUCAGAGUCAAAUGGAAAUAAAGUAGCAAAUUUGUGUGCUACAAAGAAGGAAAGAAUUAAGCUGCCAAGUUACGAUGUCGGAAGCAAGAGUUUUCACAUCAGUGAGUUUUUGAGCCACCAAUCAGGAAUUGAAGCCAUGCUCAACACCAGAGCCUUGGAAAGUUUUCAAUCCCUUGAUGCUGAUACUUAUAGGUGCACUCUGCCAAAACUUAAGCUUUUGAAUUAUGAAGCUGCUCCAGUUCUGGACUUGAGAGUAACCCCAACAAAUGAAGAUUGUAUAGUUGAGAUGCUUUCUUGCAGGUUUGAGGGUUCGGAAGCCUUGGAACGCCAAAACAGCCAUUUUUCAGCAUUCAUGACUAAUCACAUGUCGUGGGACACGAACAACUCUGAAUCGUUUUUGGAGGUUGAUGUGAAGUUGCAACUCACACUUGAGAUAUAUACACGCCCCUUUAAUAUGAUGCCGGUAUCAGCUGUUGAGCGUCCUGGAAAUCUAAUGAUGCAAGCGUUGGUAGAUCGGCUGGUGCCAUUGCUUCUGCAGCAACUACUACAAGAUUAUGGAAAAUGGAUUGAUGAACAGUUACAGGAUGUCUCAAAAAGUGGUCCAUUCAUGCAUAGAGAGAGUUCGUAUUCCCCUUUUUUCAGUAGGUGACCUUGCCAUCUAAUUUAAAGCCGAUUGCAACAAGCGAGGGCACAUAUUUGCAGAUUGCGUAACCUGGGCACAUUGUUCAGCAAACCCUCCAAGGGAUUACAAGAUAAAUCAAGAUAUCUCAAGUGUAUCAGUUCACCAAGGGAUUCCAGGGAUCUGUACAUGACCAUAUUUCAACAGUGUUUUGAAAAGAAGAUGAAAGGACAAUUUUGCUCGUGUAGUUAUACUUUGAACUCAAUUUCAUUCAUCUAGUUUGAAUUGCUCGAAUCAAGUCCCUAUCAAUUUGAAGCCAAAUUACUUAUUCAAGUGCAUCAUAAGGAAAAGGGAAGGGAAGGGAAGAAUAAUGCCCUGCCUUUCUUCCUUAGAAAUGGACGACCGCCGGAGCCUAACAACGGUCCCAAGCUUACUGGGAAGAAGGAAGGAGGUGUACAUUUUGUGCAUACAAAAGUCAAACUUCUAUUCUUCGGACCAUUUUCAUGUCUGAAAUUAUGUUUAGAUGCCCGGUGCUGGACUUGAGAGUAACCUACACAAGCUCUUUAGGAAAUUUUCGCGGAGGUCCAACAAUCAGAUGGUGAUCGUAUUAAAUACGUGUAAGUAUUGUAGCCAAUUCUGAAUAUAGUUGGCUUAUAUUUCGUGACACCUUCAUAUUUGCAUCAAAUCCCUAAUAAUUAUGGACUUAAUGGUGACCCA